AUGCGAGAAUAUAAAUUAGUUGUAUUAGGCAGUGGUGGUGUAGGUAAAAGUGCGUUAACUGUGCAAUUUGUUCAAGGUAUAUUUGUUGGUAAAUAUGAUCCAACAAUCGAAGAUUGUUAUCGUAAAGAAGUAGAAAUUGAUGGUGUUCAUUGUAUGCUUGAAAUUCUUGAUACUGCUGGAACAGAACAAUUUACAGCAAUGAGAGAUUUAUAUAUGAAAAAUGGUCAAGGUUUUGUUCUUGUUUAUUCUAUAACAUCACAAGCAACAUUCAAUGAUUUAGUGGAUAUAAAAGAUCAAAUAAUGCGUGUUAAAGAUAUAGGUUCGGAAAUACCAUUAGUACUUGUUGGUAAUAAAUGCGAUCUUGAAGAUGAACGUGCAGUUGGAAAAAAUCAAGGUGAUUCAUUAGCACGUUCAUUUGGUUGUACAUUUCUUGAAACAUCAGCUAAAUUAGAAAUUAAUGUUAAUGAAAUAUUUUUUGAUUUAAUUCGACAAAUAAAUCGAAAAACUAAACAACCAAAACAAACGAAACAAGUUUCAUCACAAGAUUAUAAUCAUGCUGAACCACAAGCUGAUUAUAAUUAUGGCCAAUCAUCCGCAUAUUAUGAUGAUCGACCUACAACUGGCCGUAUCAAAGAUUGUUGUGUUCUUUUAUAA